CAAAAGACUAGUUCGUUUAGUUCACUGAUUUAUAAUCGGAUUUGUCGGAUUUACGUAGUUUCGUUCGCGAACUACACUUCUCUAGUAGUUCAAGUGAACUAUAUUGAGAUUGAUUGAUUGAUUUGCACCAAAGAAGUGUUCUUGGAAUUGCACUUGCUGCUGGUCAAAAUGGUACGCUGUUGCCAAGACCAUUAAGUGGUUGAUUUGGUUGCCUAUUUUAGGGACAAUUACGAAUUUUUAGUUUAGUUCGUAUUGAUUCGCUCUUUUUAGUUUUGGUGAUUGAAUCUUUUAGUUCAGUUACGAAAUUCAAUCUUUUGAACUAGUUCGUUCGCGAACUACACACCUCUAGUAAGGUUAUGUAAAAUAAGGUUAUGUUUACAUUGAAGUGUCAAAAUAUUUUAUAUUUAAACAAUUUUUUAGCGAUGAAUACUGUAAUAAAUUGUGUUAAAACGUCCAAAAAUCUACUAAUUUUACCCAGGAUUGGUUUUAAUAGUAAAUUAUUUAGUUUUUCAAGCUCCAAUCAUUAUGACAUUAUUAUUGCCGGUGGGGGUAUGGUUGGGACUACUUUGGCCUGUACCUUAGGACAAAAUAUUAACCUAUCCAAUAGCAGAAUUCUACUAUUAGAGGGUGCAGAUGAAAAACCUAUAUUGUUACCUGAUAAAUAUAGUAAUAGAGUUGUUUCCUUAAACCCUGGUACAGCAAAAUUGUUAUCUGAUAUUGGGGCAUGGAAACAUGUUGCAGAAUCAAGAUAUGCUCCUGUUAAAAAGCUACAAGUAUGGGAUGGUAUUUCUGACACUAUGAUAACGUUCAAUAACGAAAAAGAAGACGAAAUUGUGUCAUACAUAGUUGAAAACGAUGUUCUAUUAAGAGCUGUCAAUAAAACAGUAAAAGAUGUGAAAAAUGUGAAUGUGGUUUAUAAUUCAAAAAUUAAAUGUUACGAUUUGCCAGAAUAUGAGACAAAUAAUGUUACUGUAACAUUGGAUAAUGGAAAUAAAUAUACUUGUGAUUUAUUGUUGGGUUGUGAUGGGGCAAAUUCUCAAGUCCGUAGAGCAAUGCAAGUGCACUAUUUGACAUGGAAUUAUAACCAAAUGGGGGUUGUUGCUACAUUAAAAUUAGAAGAAGGUACUGAAAACUGUAUAGCUUGGCAAAGAUUUAUACCUAAAGGACCUAUAGCUCUUUUACCUUUAACUAAAAGUUUAAGCAGUUUGGUUUGGUCAACAACUCCUGAACAAGCUAAAUCCCUACUUCAAAUGGCUGAUGAGCAAUUUGUUGAACAAUUAAACGAUUCUUUGUAUAAAAAUUUUACUCAUAACAGCGUUAUUGACCAGGUGACACAGGGGGUCUCAAAUUUUUUAAAAUUUUUCAACUGCCCCUCUGAUCUUAUGAGACAGUUGCCUCCCAAAAUUUGCGGGGUGGAGGAAAAAAGCAGGGCUGCAUUUCCCUUAGGUUUUGGACAUGCUACCAACUAUAUUGGUAAAGGUGUAGCACUAGUUGGUGAUGCUGCCCAUAGAGUCCACCCUCUAGCAGGUCAAGGGGUUAACCUAGGUUUUGGCGACAUAAUUUCCCUAAAUACAAUUCUAGGAAAAUCGGCAUACUCAGGUAGCCACUUAGCCGACAUCUGCUAUCUAAAAGAAUACGAGACGGAAAGGCAAAAGCACAACGUCCCGACAAUGUUAGCUGUUGAUGGUUUACACAGACUGUACGCCACUGAUUUUACGCCCCUCGUACUUUUAAGGAGUGUGGGAUUGCAGCUCACCCAUGCCAUAGGACCCCUUAAGGUAAACAUGCACAUUCCCAAGUCUGCACAAGUUUGAACUUUAUGAAUAUAAUCAUAUUAUAGGGGCCGUCCAUAAAUCUCGCGACGCUAAAAAUGGUCAAAAUUGACCCCCUCCCCCUUCCUAAAAAUAUAUUUUCCGAAUCAUUUUUGUAUUAAAAAAGAUUAAAUAAGCAAUUUCAUUUGAUUUACUUUGUCACGUGACGUUUCAAACAUUAAUUUUAUUAUAUACCUACAAAAAAUUUAACAGUGGAUUCAUUUGUAGAAAAUAAUGGUUUUUUCAUAUUUAUUUCAUAUUCAUAUGCUCUAAAAAUACCGAAUAUAGAAUUUAAAAUUUUUUAAUUACUUCCCAUACAGCAUCCAAUUCAAAACGUCUAUUGAAAAACAAUUUACCGAUUUUUAGGAGCUCAAUAUUAAGAGAUCUUGAUGAAUUCAUCAUAAAUGAGAAGUCAAUUUUUUAACAUCUUAAAGUUUUUUUUUCUGACCUCUUAUUGGAAUCAAAAUUAGAAGCUACUAACGGUAUCAUAAAUAAGACUUCAAUUAUAUGGUAUCUGGAGACGUCACAUUUAUGACAUUUUAAUGCGAUUACUUUCUUCUCACCGCUGUAACUGUUUGUGUUUGAUUUAAGAAGCGGCGAAGUAGAAUUUAGAGCGUGCUCCAUACCAAACGGUCUUAGGCCUAGGUAAACGGCUACCCGAUACUGAAGAGCUCCAAAAGAGCGAAACAAGCCGUCUAUCAGUGCCUUGAAUUUAAACAAAAGUGAGACGAAGUAAUUGCAAUUCCAAAAAUAAGCGAAUACGAGCAAAUUAUUAAAAUGAUUUUAACAAAUUCGUUUGAUCUUUGGUAAUUAAACUAGACAUAUCUAACGUGUUUUCGGGGUGGUUAAUUAGGCUCGUAAUACU